UUAAUUUACCGGAUCUGACGUCUGAGUCCUAGUUCCAGACGGAGUGGUUUCAGUGUGACACACCAACAUGAAUCCUGGAGUCAGUAUUACACCGAGCCGCGAAAACUGCGUUUAUACCAGCUGUUACUGUGAGGAGAACGUGUGGAAGCUGUGUGAGUUUGUCAGAGCCGAGAGAUCAGCAGCGCUAGAUCAGCUGGAGGUGGUCUUCAUUUCCAACAAGACCAGAACGGUUCCUCUCUGGAGGCAGAAGUCUGGACGAGGAGAUCAGCCGGUGAUCUGGGACUACCACGUCAUCCUGCUGCAGGUGGAGCCUCCAGGUCCUUCUUCUUCUUCUGUGGUUUAUGACCUGGACUCUGAGCUGGAGUUUCCAUGCAGCCUGGAGCUGUACGCAGCCGAGGCUCUACACACAGACACACACCUCAGAGCCCAGUACCACAGGUCCACGCACGCACACACACACACACACCUCAGAGCCCAGUACCACAGAUGGUCCAUGACGUCACUAACACCCACGGAGGGGGCGGAGCUUCGCUACUCAUCAACACGGCUGCUGCCUGUUGUUGUUCCGCUCCAUGCUAAUGCUAACGGCUAA